AUGUCACAAGCCCUCGACUUGUCCCUCCUUAAAGGAACCCCGGAGCAGCGGGCGGAAAUCUCGGCCGCACUCCUAAAAACUCUCAAGACUCGAGGAGUGGCCAAGUUGAAGAAUCAUGGUCUACCUGACGAUCUCAUUUAUGAAAUGUUCGACUAUACUCGCAAGUUCUUUGCUCUGUCCCUUGAGGACAAAAUGACCGCCAAGCACCCUCCUGAAUCAACCCCCAACCGUGGGUACAGUUAUGUUGGCCAAGAGUCUAUCUCAAGCAUUAGCGGAUUUGAAAAAGGUCUUCCUCAGGGGAAGGCAAUUCGGGAUAUCAAGGAAUCCCUGGAUUUAGGUUCCGCAAAUGAUAACCUUGUGGAAAAUAUCUGGGUGGCAGACUCCAAGUUGCCAGGGUUCCGUGCUUUUAUGGAGAAGUUUUACGACAGCUGCUUCCGGGUCGAACUCGAGAUUUUAGCUGCAUUGGCUAAAGCCCUAGGGAUCUCCGAGUCAGACAUGAAGACAAUGCACAACAAAGCCGAGAAUGAAUUCAGAUUACUGCACUACCCGGCAAUCAACGCUUCGGAACUGGCAGAUGGCACCGCCACUCGUAUUGCAGAGCAUACCGACUUCGGCAGCAUCACAAUGCUCUUCCAGGACUCGACUGGUGGCUUGCAGGUGGAGAACCAGCAACAAUUGGGUCAAUUUGAGGGCGUGGAGUCUGCAAACCAAACGGAAAUGAUUCUCAACAUCGGCGACUCGCUCCAAAGACUCACAAAUGAUACUUUCCGUGCCGCAUGCCAUCGGGUCACCUACCCAUCGACCGUGAAAGUUGGGUCAGACGAAGUGAUCCCAGAGCGAUACUCGGUGGCAUAUUUUGCCAAGCCAAACCGCACGGCUUCGUUAUUGCCUUUUAAGGAGUUCAUCACGCCUGGUACACCAUGCAAGUAUGAUGAUAUUACGGCCUGGGAUUAUAACAAUUUACGAAUUGGCAAGCUGUUUAGUUAA